AUGUCACGUCGCUCCCUUCAGCCGCGAUGGCUACGAAGAGCUCUAGACGAAGCAUUCAUUUGCCCCUCGUGCGCCCGGAAAGCUCCAAAGGCCAUCAAUCGCGGCCCUAGCCAGCGACAGCAGAGAUGGGCAACAACACUCAGUUCGAACACUGCCAUCAACGCGAGCAGAAGCGUGCACGAACAAUACCGAGCUCUGUAUUCGGCUCUAGGUGAUGUGCGUCGCAACGCCGCCGCCCACGUGCCCAUCAGCAGGCUUCAGCUAGCUUUGGCAGGGCUCGAGUCCACAAGCCCACGAAUACGAGUAGCGGUUCUGGGCCUGAAUGUUGCCGACACAGCGAAGAGACUGGUUCGACUGCUACUGUCAGACCCACUUGAGCAAGAGGCGCAAUGGGAGUGGGAUCUGACACACGACCAAGGGCGCUUCGAGAAUGGCUUACUGGUACGAUAUGGCCAAGCUGCGAACCCAAAUCUGGCACAGUCCAAUACCUCAAUACCAGUGCUCGAGGUACCAGCGGGACUGCUGGAAAGAGCAAAUAUCGAGAUCCUGAUCUCGACGGUGAGCAUGCCAGCUCACAGACAGCACCGCCAAAUACCAGUCGAUACAUUCCUUGCGCCGGUGAUUGGGACACCUUCAGCAUUCAGCGGUCGCCAUACAAUUAUCAGUCAGCCUGUACAUCGCGCCGUCGUUGUGGCAAAAGGUCUCGAAGAGCUCUUCCAGGUGGCGGAGCUGCUUGCUGCUUCGGAGAUCUCCUCCGAUGAAGAACGCAACUCGAUCAAGGUAGUUUUGCAGAAUGAGAGUGGUUCUCUCGACGGAGAUUUGGCUGUCAUAGACUCGGCGAAGGCUGAGGCUGGUCUGCGGGCGAUUCGAAGCUCUCUGGCAAAGGCUACGACGUACGAGCAUCUGUGGAUGGAGUCAGGUCUGUCUCAGGUGACGAAGUGGCUGACUUCGAUAUCCGGUGCGGACACCAAGCUACCUGCUCCGGUGGCGGAUUUGAUAUCUGCUAUUCUGCAGUCCGCCUCAACGAGCCUCAAGACGCAGGCGAAAGCAGACGCCGAAUCACGACGGACUGAUCUCUCUACGUUGACCAAUUUGUCUUCUACCAUUGACGACUUUUCCAGAAACGCGCACAAAGAACUGCAGUCUGGACUGUCGUCUGCUUGGUCUUCACGUAAUUGGCGAAAGCUUGCAUGGUACAAGUUGUUCUGGCGUGUUGACGACGUCGGUCUCAUAGUUACCGAUCUCGUGUCGAAUGCCUGGCUGCCACGAACCGAACGAGCAGUGUACGAGAUCUCUGGCCGACUCGCGCAAGCCGGAAUAUCUCCGAUGGACAUGGUCACGCUUCCAGUCGCACUCCAGAAGCAGACCCUUCCGGACCCGUCACCCGCCACGGCUCCACUGCCUAUUCUACAAGCACAGGCCGUAUCGACCGCGGGACAGACCGAACCGAUCAUCGUCAACGAAGGUGGUGCACCACGAGUCGAGCUUGAGCCAAAACCACAGCUUACGCCACUCUCAGCCGCAGUAUCGGCGACGCGACAAACACAGAUCGAAGCAGCAAUUCUGUAUUUGUCGACCCAGGCCCAGCAGCUCGUGAUGCGCACGUUGUCCCUUGCCGGCCUUUCCGCCGGCCUUUCGGGCCUCACCUAUGUCUCCCUCACAAAUGGUGGCAUCUACGAAGCCGGCACGAUAGCUGCGCUGGGGACAACAUUCGCGCUCUGGAGGUUGCAAGGUGGCUGGCAGGACGCUACGAAGCAGGUCGAGGGCGAGCUGUAUGACGAAGGCCGCAAUGUAAUCAGGAGGAUGACUGCUCGGAUGCAGCAGCUCGUCGAUGAGAAGGCGCACCCAAAGAUUGAUGAGGCAGGUCAGCGGCAUUGGAGGCUGGCGUCGCAGAGUGUUGACAAGGCGCAAGUGGAACUAAAGCGGCUGCUUGAGAGCAGUGAGCCAAGCAAGAGCAAAUAG